UUUCCCGAUCUACGUGUAUUGUUCGGUGUUGUGUUUUCAGAGAUGCCUGAGCCGGCCAAGUCCGCUCCUGCUCCGAAGAAGGGCUCCAAGAAGGCGGUGACCAAGGCGCAGAAGAAGGACGGCAAGAAGCGCAAGCGCAGCCGCAAGGAGAGCUACUCCGUGUACGUGUACAAGGUGCUGAAGCAGGUCCACCCGGACACCGGCAUCUCGUCCAAGGCCAUGGGCAUCAUGAACUCGUUUGUGAACGACAUCUUCGAGCGCAUCGCGGGCGAGGCGUCGCGCUUGGCUCAUUACAACAAGCGUUCGACCAUCACAUCCAGGGAGAUCCAGACGGCCGUGCGCCUGCUGCUGCCCGGGGAGCUGGCCAAACACGCGGUGUCCGAGGGCACCAAGGCCGUCACCAAGUACACCAGCUCCAAGUAAAUAUGCCUGGCCGCAUGUUAAACCAAAGGCUCUUUUCAGAGCCACUUACAUUUUCAUUUAAGGAGUUGUAUACUCUUUCUGCUCUUUCUUUGCUGGGCAUUCAAGUGCAGUUAUGUUUGGUGCCCGAGAUAAUGAAGUGAGAAGCUUAUUCUUUGGGAAGAAAGCUGUUAAUCUAACAUUUCCCCAAACCCGUUCUGUACUAAAAAGACCAGGUUUUUUUUUUUUUUUUUUUCUUAUUUCCAUAGGUAAGGAAGGGUGGCUGGCUAUUUGAUAUUACGAGGAGGGAUAAUCAUUGCGUUUUUCGUAAUCUGGAUGUUGGGAGGUUUCAUAAAAAAUGAAAAAAUUCACCAAGAAGAGAGAUGUAGCCUAAUGCUGGGAGAGGAAGUUAUUUUUGUAAAAAGACUUAUUGAUGUGUUAGAGAUCUGUAGAUGUGAAGUGUUUUUCAGUUCUACCUGGACAUCUUUGAAAGAACAUUGCCUCAGAAGAACAUUAGUUGGAAUUUAAAUUUUGUGAGGUAAAUAGUCUUUCGUUCUCACAGCCUCAGUUUCUUACUUUAAAAAUGAGAAUAUUAUGGGAGUUCCCUGGGUUGUCCAAUGGUUAGGACUUGGCUUUUUCACUGCCUUGGCCUGUUCAAUCCUUGGGAGGGAAACUAAGGUCCUGCCAGCUCUGUGGGGCAGCCCCCCC